UCAUCCAAACAGUAGUCGUCAGAAACAUGAAACGAAUCCGAUAAUCCAACAAAAGACACGUGGCUGUGGCGCAAACGAGGAAGAGAUAAUUCGGGUAAAUUUUGAAAUACCAUCCGUUCAACCAACCAAUACUUCGACGAACAGCAUCAUUCACGUUGAAUACUCGCUUCAUAUAAUCGGUAUAAUGGAUUCUUGUAACAGCAGUCCAGUCUUCGAUCUUCCCAUCACGAUUGGUACUCAUCCCAUUUUGGAUGCAACAUCAGCGCAUACAGGAAAUUCCACCGAAUAUCUAAACCUCAACAAUAUUUUAACCGACAGUGUAAUUUCGCAACAGCCAACUUCCCCACAAGUGCGUUCGGCGCCACAACUGCCAGACCAAAACAGCUUAUCUUCACCGCCAUAUUCGGCUCCGCCGUCAUACCCUUAUGAUGAUCUUCCAACUUACCAGGAAGCAGUACAGAGAGACGGCUGUAGCUUCAAAUCAAAAUAUCCGACGUUUUAACGUGCUAAUCCAUACUCGAUAAUAUAAUGAAAGUUAUAUAGGCUAAUGGCUAAUUCUAACGAAAUAACAAUUGAUUUUUAGCUUACAAAUUCACUAGCUUCAGUAUAGGUUUCAUUGGAAUAUACAUCGAAGCGUAUAUUUUGAUAAAUUUAUUUGAUGUCUCCAACGUACUGCCCCAUUAUUGAAUAACAUUAUUUUCUAUGUAUAUAUGUAUAUGAUCUUCAAAAAAUAUAGAAUAUAACUUCAAAAUUGACUAAAAAUGAUUGUUUUUA